GGAUUUUGCAAUAAAAAUAAAUAAAUAAACAAACAAGUGGGCAACAACGACGUUGAUUCUACGCCAAUUACAUUUUUAAUGUUUUCAAGGACAGAAGAUUCUAGAACCAGCUCUUUUCUCUCCGUUUGUGGUUCUAUGAUACCAAUCGCCAACACCUUCUGUUGAAUCUUGCUGCUCCCUUAUCCCUUCUUCAUUCGAAUUUUUUUAUAAUCAGUUUCCUUAAGAAAGCAUACAUCUUUGGUGAUUUCCCUUUCAGACUUUAGACUUUAGAGCAUGGCAUCGAAACGGAUCUUGAAGGAGCUCAAGGAUUUGCAGAAAGACCCUCCUACCUCUUGCAGCGCCGGUCCUGUGGCUGAAGACAUGUUCCAUUGGCAAGCUACCAUAAUGGGACCUGCCGAUAGCCCCUAUGCAGGAGGUGUAUUUCUAGUUUCUAUUCAUUUUCCUCCUGAUUAUCCAUUCAAGCCACCAAAGGUUGCAUUUAGGACCAAGGUAUUCCACCCAAAUAUCAACAGCAAUGGAAGCAUAUGUCUGGAUAUUCUUAAAGAACAGUGGAGCCCGGCACUAACCAUUUCUAAGGUGUUGUUGUCUAUAUGCUCUCUGUUGACGGACCCCAACCCCGAUGAUCCACUUGUCCCUGAAAUUGCGCACAUGUACAAGACUGACACGGCUAAAUAUGAAGCCACUGCUCGCAGCUGGACACAGAAGUAUGCCAUGGGAUGAUGGCAAAUGAAAAUCCCUCAUCGUCUAGAAGCAGCUGCGAAUCCAUGUGGGUUUCAACUCCAUUCAGGUAAAAGAAUGGAAAUAUUGAGAAUGAAUCUCAUUUUCUUUUCACCAGGACUCAAUGUUGGCAAGGAACUUUGUUGUCUUCUUGUGAAUAUUUAUUGGAAGACAUUGGAGAUUGGAAAACUUUAAUGUAAUUUUAUCAUGUCGUCUCUGAAUGCUCUGGCUAUUCUACAACUCAUAUGAUUGAUUAAGAAAUAAUAUUUUGUGGGUACGAUUCCUAUGAUACA